AUGAAAACAAUCGUAGCAUUGGUAUGCGUCAUUGGUAUAGUCUGCGCAAAUAUUGAAGUUUUGCUAAACGCAAAUUUAGUUUGGAAAAUUGUUUUAAAAAAAUCACAGCGAAAACGUGAAAUGGGAUUGUUUUACUAUCGCUUUGUACUGGAUGUGUGUUUUGGCUUGGCACGUGAGCAUAAUUCAUUUACAAUAAUUUUUCUUCAAAUAAAACCAAACACUAUAAACACUGAUAAUUUGGAGUUCAUGAGUGAGCACCGCAAUUUGCUAAUUUAUUUGGGCCUUCCUUGGUCAAAUAUCGCCUCUUGUCGGUCUAUAGUCGCACUUGCAAUUGCAGUAGAACGAGCGACUGCAGUAUGCGUUCCAUUAUUAUACAGAACUAUUACUCUGAAAAUCCCGAAUUUCUGUAUUUUCCUAUUUGCUGUGGCAUAUGGCCUAUUUGAAAAUGUUGUUCUUUAUGGGUUCUGUGGCUUUGAUGAAGACUUAAUCCCUGCAACGUGUACGCAGUUUGGAUGUGCAAUUAAUAAAUGCUUCUACAAUUACUUCAUGCUCCAGAGAAGUAUUGUAUUUUCUAUCAACGUUUUUGUAUCUAUAGUUCUAUCCAUCAAAUUACUAUUUUGGAAUAAAAAACAGUCACAACAACAACACAAAAACAAUAAUAAACUUUCAAAAGCGAAUCGUCUCGCAUUACUGGACACCUGUACAGUCUUCUUAUUCGACUUUAUCCCAGUUUUCUGUGGCGGCAUGUGGCCUCACAUUUUCUCAAUUGAAGUUCUUGGUCCUUUCACAGUUGUAAUGAAAAUCAUUGGAUGCGCCAUUGAGUCGACUGUCGUCUCGAUUCUCUUGAAGUUCGGAAGAAUUGAAAAACCGAAAAAUCAGAGUUCAAUUGCGGUCACACUAUCUAAAAAUGUCAAAUAA